AUGAUGCAGCCCCGCUCCGCUGCUGGAGCCCCGCUGCUGUGCGCCCUCGCCGUGCUGGUCAAAACGUCUCUGUCAGUGGACCAUGUACCGGUGCUGCUUUGGUCAACUCAGAGAUCACAGUGGAAUCCAGACAGUGCUUUGCACGAAGGACACGUUGUCUCCGCACAGGAGCUGACUGUACUCUUGCAACCUGUUUUUACCCAGAAUUCCAGAAACCUCAUCGUGUUCCUGCAAGAUACACUUAGCAUAGAUGAUUUCACAUACCUCAGUGAAUCCUACAGUAACAAGAAUCCAUUUCAAAACAUUCAGGAAAUUCUUCAGUCUUCUCCUUCAUCUUUAGUUUUGCCAGCUGUUGACUGCGAGGCUACCAGGUAUCUUCUGAGCUUUCUUCAGGAGUCUGGAGAUUGGAAGUUAACAAACGUAACUAAUCUCGGUGACUCUCAGCUGGAGGUGAAUACAUCUAAACCGAAUUUACUGGUAGUUCAGCUUCAACCACUUGUCGGUGGUUUAAAUGAAAUUUCCACACUGGAAGCAAUUGCUGAAAAUGACAAAAUAAUUGGAAGACUGACCAUGGAUCUGCAGGAACGAGGGAUUCAUUUUUCAGUAAUUUAUACUGCAGUGAGACCUUCAAGGAUUUCUCGAAGAACUGAUGUAGUGGGGAAAUUAAGACGACAAUUAAUGGCCACUGAGGAAGAAGACACUUUAUCAUAUCCUCCUCUGAAUGUGACCACUGGAAAUAAUAUAUGCAUCCUUUUUUAUGCUAGUAAUUUCAGCCUUAAAGCCAACAGUUCGGUUUUUAUAGAUUUGACAAAUGCAACAUUUGUAAGGCAGAAUGUGGAUCUUUCAUCCUCUGACUGCUCAGACAUCAACACAACACUGUCAUUAAAAUACACAAAGCCAGUGAAUGGAAUCAGCAGCCUAGAGAUAAGGUUUUUAAUGAGCAACAAGUUCUAUGGAAGCUCGGCCAGAAAUUGGUCCACUUUAGAUUCGGUUGAGAUUGUACAAGAUGAAGGAAAGUUGGCUAAAUUUAAUGUUUCUGUCAUCUCUGCUCCUGCAGAGUAUUCAUUUCAUUGUCAGCUGGUGGGAACAAGCAAUCUCUAUCCUGCAAGGCUGAUUCCAUCCAACAAUGAGGCAAAAAACUGGGAUGUUUUCAUUUCCAGGUUGCAAAUUCAAGGCUUCAACAUUGAAAACGACCAGUUUUCCUACGCAAGUGACUGUACAGGUUUCUUCACACCUGGAAUCUGGAUGGGGUUGGUAACAUCUAUAGUUUUACUUUGGAUCCUGGCCUAUGGAAUCCAUAUGAUCAUGCAGCUCACAACAAACAGCAGAUUUGAUGAUCCCAAAGGCCCGGCUCUGUCAGUUCCUCAGACAGAAUAGUCAUGGAUUGACUUAAUGCUGCUAUGGCUUUUCCUGGUCUGAUAUUUAUGAUUUUUAUAACCUUUCUACUUCAU